GUCCUUUUGGCUUCCUCGUCUCAAAGUCUUCCGUUGUCGCCAACUUCCUAACCCUAAGACGCCAUCUGCAGCCUGCCGCGAACAACUGAGGGCGAUCUGAGCACACCGCCGUCCACACAUUCGAAACUCUCAACUCCGAUUUUCAGGGAUUAAUAUCAAAAUUACAAGAUGCCGGCGACUGCUGGUAGAGUUCGUAUGCCUGCAAACAAUCGGGUUCACAGUAGUGCAGCCCUUCAGACCCAUGGUAUAUGGCAGAGUGCUAUUGGAUAUGAUCCAUAUGCACCCAAUAAGGAAGACAAGAAGGAUACUUCUCAGAUGACAGCAAAUGCGGAACCAGAUGCUGAGAAUGCAUAUGCGAACUUCCAAGGACUCCUUGCACUUGCUAAGAUAUCAAAUUCUAGUGUGGAUGUGGAUCGAGGGGCCUGCAAGAAGUGUGGGCGUGUUGGGCACCUCAGGUUUCAGUGUAAGAACUAUGUAAAGGUUAAGGAUGAUAAUGAGGAGAAGGAUGCAGAAGCUAUGCAAGUCCCAGCAUUGAUUGCACUGGAUAAAUUGAAGGGGAGGGCAGCAAAGGUUGAAAGAAGGGCUGCUGAGAGCUCUGAUGAGAGUGAUGAGGAGGAGGAUAGUGAGAGUUCAGACUCUGAGGUAGACUCAGAGAUUGAGAGAAUUAUUGCAGAACGAUCUGGGAAGAAAAUUAGCAAAAAAGGAGGUUCUUCAAGGAAAAGGAAGGACUCUAAUGAAGAUGAGUCUGACCCUCGAUCUGGCAAGAGGAAGAAGAGAGGGAGAUCAAAGAAGAGGCAUGGAAAGAGAGAAAUUAGUGAUUCUGAUUCAGAUGAUUCAGAUUUAAGGAGGAGGAAGAGGAGGAGGGAGCACAGGAGGAAGAGAGACAAGUCCUCAGAUGAGAACUAUGACCGUAAGCAUAGAAGAAAGAGUCGGAAGGAGAAGAGGAGAAGGAGAAGCCGUAGAUCUGAUACUGAUUCUGAAACAUCUGAGGAUUCUGGGGGAAGACAUAGACGAAGAACUAGAAAGGCAGAAUCAUCAACUGAUGCUGAUUCUAGUGAUCUGGAUGAUUCAAGAAUGGGCAGGGAUGUGAAGAAAUCUGAAAAAAGCCGGAGACGUCAUUCCGAAGAUUAUGAAUAGAAUAGUAAAGUGUUUACUGUGAACUGUCAAAUCUGUCGGCAGACAGUUUCAUGGAGUAGUUGAAGUCCAUAUAUGAAACAUGAUUUUCCUGUGAAAUAAUUGAGUGCUGUAAUCGGAUGUGUAAUAUCAUAAUUUUAUGUUGGGAGUCAAAAAUGCAUGCAGUGAAGUUCUAGUUUGUAAAGAUUGUACUGGUUCAGGGACUAGUAUUAUAGGUACAUCCAGGAUUUGGAAUGACAGUUCUGGCUUUGCCUGGUUGAGUUGUUGCAUAACCAUGCAUGACUAGCAUGGGAGAGGUGCCCUUUAAAUCCUUCAGGUUGAGGGUCUCUCUAGGUAUUGAUCAGAUUUAAAAAUUAAAAGAUGACUGUCUAUUGAUUCAUAUUGAUUUCGUUGCAGUUAUGUUAUUGUAUGCUAAAUGUUCUUCAAUGAUCUUACUUUGUACUACAAGGCAAUAGAAGACACAUUCUUGCUCC